AUGCCACAGCAACAGCUCAAGCUCUCUACCGACACGGAGGGGAAAUCAUUGGGGCUGAAGAAUCCCGCGACUGGCACUUCCACUUCAAGCAAACACAGCCGAAACAUCAAGGAUGAUGGGCGUGCGAGUCUGAAUGGGUCCGAGAACGGAGCAAAAGCACAAACUGGAGAGGGUAGAGGUCUCAAGCGAUCUCCACCCGAUGGCGACGGAGCUGCGUUUCCAAAAUCCAAAAAGCACAAGAAUGCGUAUGAGAUCAAGGGCAAAAUAGCUACGGUGGAGGAUGCUGCGAGCAUGGACGAGCGUCCGCCUAUGGUCCGGCUACAUCAGGCGCUCAAGGUACAGGUGGACAGCAACCAAAAUACUGAAAGGGGCGAGAGUGUGGUCUAUUGGAUGAGGAUGGAAGAUAUGCGUAUCGAAGACAAUACUGCCCUACGAAGAGCUUCGGAAAAGGCCAAAUUGCUCGGCGUACCUCUGCUUACACUCUUUGUCAUAAGCCCGGGUGAUUAUGAAUGGCAUGACAGAAGCUCGAGGCGGAUCGAUUUUAUGCUUCGGAAUCUUCGUUAUGUCCAGCGUCAACUCGACAAUUUGGAUAUUCCGCUCGUGAUCAAGUUUUGCGACAAGCGGUUGGCUAUUCCCCGGCAAGUCAUCAAGAACGUCCUUCCGUCACUGUCGUCCCAUCAUCUUUUUGGCAACAUCGAGUACGAAGUGGACGAGCUCGUUCGGGAUAUCAGGACGGUAGAGUUGGGCACGGAGAAUGGUACAGAGGUAAAGAUGUAUCAUGAUCGACUCGCUGUACCGCCGGGCAAGAUAUUCACGAAAGCAGGCAAGCCCAUGUCUGUUUACAGCCCCUGGCAGAGAGUAUGGGCCAGGGUACUGGAAGAAGAACCGCAGCAUCUCGACAUGUCACCGUUACCCGACGCCAACGACGCGAGCAUCCGUGACAAUGCUCAGUUCUCUCAGCUUUUCCACACCCAAGUUCCGGACAGUGUCGCCAAGUUUGAGUGCAAAGAUGCGGAUUUUAUGGCUCAAAUAUGGCCAGAAGGCAUCGAUGCUGCUAAAGAGUUUCUUGAUCGAUUCUUGCAUACCAAAGCCCAAAAGUCCCAAUUCCAAGAUACUUCUCCUUUGGCAUCCAAGGUUGAGCCAGACGACAAAAAUGCCCGGGUCCAGAAUUAUACGACAGGGAGGAAUCUUGUCGACGGUGAUAAUAGCUCAAAGCUCAGUCCAUAUCUUGCGAGCGGUGUCAUCAGCGUACGUCAGGUCUUGAACACUGUGAAAAAGCUUUGUCCGGGUGGCAAGUUGGAGAGUGGGAGGGAUACGGGGAUCGGCAUGUGGGUGCAAGAAGUUGCUUGGAGGGAUUUCUACAACCAGGUCAUGACGAGUUCACCCCGUGUUUCCAUGGGCAGACCAUUUCAGGAGAGAUACGCCGACGUACAAUGGGAAACGUCCGAGGCCAACUUGCAAGCCUGGAAAGACGGAAAGACUGGUUAUCCUAUAGUCGACGCGGCGAUGCGAGCGUGCAAGGCCCGGGGUUGGAUGGAGAAUCGGGUUCGGAUGGUGGCCGCGUGCUUUCUGGUCAAGGAUCUCAUGUUGGAUUGGCGUUUGGGAGAACGCCAUUUCAUGAAGAGUUUCAUAGACGGAGAUUUAGCUGCCAAUAACGGUGGCUGGCAAUGGGUGGCCAGUACCGGGACUGACCCUCAACCUUACUUUAGGAUAUUCAACAGCAUCACGCAGUCAGAAAAGUGCGACCCCGACGGGACUUAUAUCCGUCAUUGGGUUCCAGAGCUCAAGAACAUCAAGGGUAAGGCGAUCCAUGAUCCCUACCACCACAUGUCCUCCAGAGAAUUCGUCAAGUUGGGAUACCCCGCGCCGAUCGUUGACCACAAGAAGGCGCGAGAGCGAGCCCUGUUUAGGUACAAGCAUGUCGGGGAGAUUGAAGAGUAG